UUCGUUUCAAUUCUCACAAUUCUAAUUCUCUCUUUGUUUUUCUCUCUCGCGAUGGCUCCCGUUAUUGGCGUCAACGGCGGUGCUGGCGGUCUCAUUCUGAGUUUCGGCGAGAUGCUGAUCGACUUCGUGCCGACGGUAUCCGGAGUGUCCCUGGCGGAGGCUCCUGGAUUUUUGAAGGCGCCUGGAGGUGCUCCAGCGAACGUGGCCAUCGCCGUGACAAGGCUUGGUGGAAGAUCUGCGUUUGUUGGGAAGCUCGGCGACGACGAGUUCGGGCACAUGCUGGCCGGGAUCUUGAAGGAGAACGGCGUGCGCGGCGACGGAAUCACCUUCGACGUUGGUGCCAGGACGGCUCUGGCCUUCGUCACGCUCCGCGCAGACGGAGAGCGUGAGUUCAUGUUCUACCGGAACCCUAGCGCCGACAUGCUGCUGAAGCCGGAGGAGCUCAACCUCGAGCUCAUUCGAUCCGCAAAGGUGUUCCACUACGGAUCCAUAAGCUUGAUAGUGGAGCCAUGCAGAUCGGCGCAUUUGAGGGCGAUGGAAGUGGCGAAGGAGGCCGGAGCACUGCUCUCGUACGAUCCCAACCUCCGGCUGCCACUGUGGCCGUCGGCGGAGGAGGCGCGUGAGCAGAUCAUGAGCAUCUGGGAGAAGGCGGAGGUGAUCAAGGUCAGUGACGUUGAGCUGGAGUUUCUCACCGGCAGUGAUAAGGUGGAUGACGAGACAGCGUUGUCGCUUUGGCACCCUGGCUUGAAGCUUUUUCUGGUGACCCUUGGGGAAAAGGGCUGCAGAUACUACACCAAGAAUUUCCAUGGAGCUGUAGAGGGAUUUCAUGUCAAAACGGUGGAUACAACUGGUGCUGGGGACUCAUUUGUCGGUGCCCUUCUAUGCAAAAUUGUCGAUGACCAAUCUGUCCUCGAAGACGAGGCAAGGUUGAGAGAAGUCCUGAAGUUUGCAAAUGCAUGUGGAGCCAUUACAACUACAAAGAAAGGAGCUAUCCCCGCUCUUCCUGCCGAGGCUGACGUCCUCUCCCUACUCCAUGGCGCGUAGACACACUUUCCCAUUUUCCUUUUCCUUUGGCUUUUUAGUUUUUAUUUUUCUUUUCUUUAAAUAGUCUGGGUUUGGGUUUCCAUUUCAAGUUGAACAGGAGUUGCUUGCAAUUCAAUUAAAAAGGAGGAUCUCCGAUCUCUCUGAGUUUUUUGUUUUUUUUUGUUUUUCUCUCUCUCUCUCUCUAAAAUCCCUCUCAAUGUAAUGAUGGAAGACCGUGCUUCUAAGGUAUAAAUAAAUUUCUCUUUCAUGUUUGGCAUUUGCUCUA